AUGGGCCCCCCUUAUGAUCCUUCGAUACCAAUCACGAUUCCUGCGGACCACCAGCGGGUAAUCGCGGGUUUGUGCGGUCUCAACUUUGGCAGCUAUGCUGAUCGCUUUGCUGCGCAGUCCGCCAACAAUGAGCGGGUCCAGGCCAGACACUCGGAUGACCCGCCGUACGGCAAUGUCAAUCUCUUUCGGACCGCCUCGGACAUCGCUCAGCAUGACAAGUACAAAGAUGCGCAGACGAUGGUGAAUUCUGCCACCACAGCCGUCAAAGUGGCCAUGAAAGAUGCAUCUAAGAAUGGGACGGCGACGGAUCCCGAUGUGUUUUUCGAGGUAGCGGACGCACAGAGAAAACAUCAGGGUGCCCAUCUUAGCGAGGCCGAUGGCCGAUUGCAGUGCUUAGAACUACGCCCUGACGGAUACAGCGGGCCACAGGACUUGAAAACACAUCUCGUGCCGAUCCGUAACUCUCUGAACACAGCGGUCACCGCGGAUGCUAAGGCGAGACGUUAUGAAGAGUUGGCGAUCCGCAACCAGUUGCAGCAGCAAUCCCGUACAUACGCCGAAAACCCGCAGCUCGGCGUGGGUUAUGUUGAUCGACCUCCCAGUUCCUCCACGCUGCACUCUUCCCAGACUUCCCUGGUUUCGAGCCACGCGUCUGGAGCAACCCCGCCUCCUUUUGCGGAAGGUUCCAGUAUCAAGCGCCGAUGCCAGUAUAAGAGCUCGCAACACGGGAAGCAGUGCCCCCAGUACACUAAGGAGGUGUUCUGCCGGAACCAUCGUUCCCAGGGUUGA